AUGGCGAUCUAUUCGCUAUGGAUAAUUAAUAAGGCAGGUGGGCUGGUCUACCAAAGGGAAUUUGCUGGUAUGCGCACUAUUAUUUUCAGGCUUGGGUUCCACGGGGACUUACCCCCAACUUUAAACUUGUGCUGCGCAGAUGGCCUAGCCAAACUCACGUCGAACGAGUACCUUGUUCUGGCUGGAACAUUGCAUGGCAUCCAUGCCAUUACAAGCAGACUUUCCCCUAUCAAUGGCCCUAGCCCUGGCGCGCACGUCAUUGAGUCGGAAUCGUUCAAGAUGUCGAUCCUUCUCACAGCGACAGGCAAGUCAACAUCAUUGUCAUUACCAUCAUUCUAA